AUGCGGGCCAGACUGCCGCUAGACAUGCACGCCACAGUAUUCUUCUGCAAGUCCUCUCUGACGAUCUCUUCAGAGAACUGCCUAAUUCCAGACUCGUCCAACACAUUUCGAGUGUCUCGGACGCUCACCCAGUAACAUGCACCAUCCUCUUUGCUUUCAUCUCCUACACCUCUAAGGCAAAUAUGAUGACCGAUUAUGACCGUCGCAAACAGAUCAGUGUCCGUGGAAUAGCGCAAGUGGAGAAUGUGAGCAACAUCAAGAAGGCUUUCAACAGACAUCUUCAUUUCUCCAUUAUCAAGGUUCGUUCCAUGAGAAGGGUAAGGGCUUGA